ACACUAAACGAAUCGGUAUUAUGAGCAUUUGGAGUGUGAGAUGUUUGUGUCACAAAUUCUGUCGACAGGCGCAUAUAUUAGCCAACAGACGGAUCAUACCCCCGGCACAGCGACUUCCCCAGGUGGUCAACGGCACCAACCGGCCGGCACACAACAGUUUAUAUCAAAUGGUAAAAAAACGUACGCUCGAGGCACGCACUAAAUUACAAGCCAAUAAAUAUCCGAAUCACAACGCCUGCAUGAAAGUGGCCAAAACCGUGGAAUUUGUGCCCGAUGUCGACGAGGUUGCUCAGACCACGACAGUGUCCAAUUUGCAAGGCCCCCAAAUCAGCUUCACCGCAUUGCAAGACCCACAAUUUCGAGUGGGCUAUGCCGACACCAGACCCAAUUCCACUGCCCAGGAUGUGCUGAAGUCGUCGCAGUGCGAGAAGCCGCCCGCACUGAAGGUCGAUAAGGGCGAUGAACUGGAGGGCGAUCCCUGCGCCGAAUUCCAUCGGCUGCGUCGCGAGACCAGCAUGAGUGGCGGCAGCGGCGACGGCGGCGACGAUGACAAUAAAAAAUCCAACGAGGAAAGAUUAAAGCAGUUGAAAAUCAAAUGCUUUCUUGGCGCCUUGGCCGCCCUGCUGGCAGGUGGCCUGAUUGCCUGGCUUAUGUCGCGUCGCGGCAAGAGAAGUGGCGCUGGCGACGAUGAAACUGCCGACAGUCCCGAGGAAGCGCUGAAGCGUGCCAAAAUAUCUGGAUUAAUAUCGACGCCUCGCAGUUCGGAUAAAAUUCCCCAGCAUGUGCCGUAUUUGAUCAUUGGUGGCGGCACCGCUGCCUUUUCGGCUUUCCGUGCCAUCAAAUCGAACGAUGCACGCGCCAAAGUUCUGAUGAUCAGCAAUGAAUAUCGCAAGCCAUACAUGCGACCGCCGCUCUCCAAGGAGCUCUGGUAUACGCCCAAUCCCAAUGAUGAUCCCAUCAAAGACUAUCGCUUCAAGCAGUGGACGGGCUCCGAGCGCAGCUUGUACUUUGAGCCGGAGGAGUUCUUUGUCGAUCCCGAGAAGCUUCAAGACAGCGUAAACGGCGGCAUAGCCGUCGCUCAAGGUUUCGCCGUUAAGAAAGUUGAUGCACAGAAACGCAUUGUAACAUUGAACGACGGCUAUCAGAUCGGCUACGAUGCAUGCCUAAUUGCAACGGGCUGUGCGCCCAAAAAUCUGCCCAUGUUCCGCGAUGCGCCGCCCAGUGUACAGGAGAAGGUAAUGGUCUAUCGCACGCCCGAUGACUUUGAUCGUCUGCGCCGCUAUGCGCUUCAGAAGCGCUCCAUAACCAUUGUGGGUAAUGGUUUCGUUGGCAGUGAACUGGCCUGCUCGCUGGCCCACUACUCCAAGCAGCAUGGGGGCGGCAAGGUGUAUCAGGUGUUCCAGGAGAAGGGCAACAUGUCCAAGGUGUUGCCCAAUUAUUUGAGCGAUUGGACUACACGGAAAAUGGAGGCGCAGGGCGUAUGCGUGAUACCGGAUGCCAGCAUAAAGACCGCCACACGGGAUGAAUCCCAACUGAAACUGGAGUUAAACAAUGGCAUGUCGCUGCUCACCGAUAUUGUCGUCGUCUGUGUGGGUUGCACACCAAAUACGGCCAUGGCUGGUCCCUCCAAGCUGGAGGUGGAUCGCAGCCUCGGCGGCUUUGUAGUCAAUGCAGAGCUGGAGGCACGUCGCAAUCUUUUUGUGGCCGGCGAUGCGUCCUGUUUCUACGAUCCGUUGUUGGGCCGCAGGCGUGUGGAGCACCAUGAUCAUUCGGUCGUCUCCGGACGGCUGGCCGGCGAGAACAUGACCGGAGCGAAAAAACCAUAUCAGCAUCAGAGCAUGUUCUGGUCUGAUUUGGGUCCCGAAAUUGGUUACGAAGGCAUUGGCCUGGUCGACUCUUCCCUGCCCACGGUGGGCGUGUUUGCGUUACCCUCCCACUCGGAAAAGCGUGCUGAUAGUCAUAUAGACGUACGCUCGGAUGCGAGUAGCAAAAAUGUAUACAAGAAAAUGACCGACGGUCCGGACUUGGUAUGCGAUCCGAACGAGGCACCCAAUUAUGGCAAGGGCGUCAUUUUCUAUCUGAAGAACGAUAAAAUUGUUGGCAUAUUAUUGUGGAAUCUAUUCAAUCGCAUUGGACUGGCACGAACGAUAAUCAAUGAGAACAAAGACUAUGAGGAUCUCAAUGAAGUUGCCAAACUGUUCGAGAUACACGCGUAGUGGGGCUUUAGGAACGUGGGACUAUUCAAUUUACAAGCAAAGUAUGUAAGUUUAAGUGGACACUGAAGAAAUCAUCCAGACGCCCAACGCUCCAAGACUUCAGUUUAAUGCAUGUAUAUAUAUAUUAGAACAUGUGUAUAUGUAACCAGCACAGACACAGAAAGGCACAAUGCAACAUAAAUUUAGUGUUAAUUUUAUUUUUUUGGAAUAAAUAGUUUUUAGUCACGACCAAUUGAUUUAACAUGCGUUGAUCUAUUGGCCUAACGACUAACUUGAAACCAAAUCCAGUCGAACAAGAUUGCUUUUAAGAACAAAGUU